AUGGCUUCAUCGUCCGAUCCCACCAACCGGGAGGCAGCAACAGCAAUUAGAAGGAAAAACAAUGGACCUCCAUUCAAGUUCUUGGUUCCUCUUAUCUAUGCUCCUGUUCUUCCUCUAAUUCGGCUCACCCUGCGUAAGAAUCCUGUUGUAAGGGACCGUCUUUUCACGGCUGUCUUGGCUGGUGCUUUUGCUCAUGGCUUUUACUUGAUAUCUAUGACAGUGAAAGCAAGUGAACAUCAACUCCCAUUGAGAAGUCCUAGUGUUUGCUCCUUGUUGACGUCUGCAACUUCCACUGGUUCGCAGAUCGAAUGGCAGUCAGAUGAUAAAUUGGCUGAGUGGAUUCAAUACAGGAUCAUCUUUGAUAUACAGUCAGAAUUUCAAUCAUCUCAAGUUCAGCAACCAUUAGAGGAGACUUCUCCUAGACUCUCAGACUCUCCUUCUCUUCAGCAAUUCAGAGGUGUAAUAAUCGCUGUUUCUUGA